AGAAUCCCGAGGAACUGAUUAUCGUCAAAGCAAAACUGCAUACCUUCACUUGUGACUGUAAUCAUUGUUGUAUUUUACACCAAAAUACAAAAUAGUUUCUUAAGAAAGGACAUCUAAACUAUAGUUACGGCAAAAUGUCGUCGGAGGAAUUCGAGAAGUUGCACGAAAUGUACCAAUCACUGUAUGAUGAACUCAAGCUGAUGCCAGAAAAGGCUCUGAAAUCCAGCGGAGAGGAGAGGAAGAGGUUGGUGAGGACCUUCGAUGAGAGGCAUGGAGAGGCUGAAGAAGUGUUACAAGGAAUGGAAGAGGAGCUGCGUGUUGCCCCUCUGUCCUACCGGAAUGCAAUGAGCACAAAGCUGCGUAUGUACCGCCGGGACCUAGGCAAGCUGCAGAGGGACAUGAAAAACUCAGCGCCUGGGUUUGGCUCCUCGUCCAACACAGUGCAAGGAAGUCAUCAAGGCAUCUACUCAUCACAAAAUCAGCACAGUACACACCUGCAGUCCCAGAGAGCUCUGCUUCUCCAGGGUACAGAGGCUCUGAAUAACGCCAGCCAGAGUAUUGAACGAAGUCAGCGCAUCGCUGCCGAGACGGACCAGAUCGGCACAGAUAUCAUCGAGGAGCUGGGAGACCAGAGGGAACAGCUGGACCGAACCAGAAACAGACUUGUGAAUACUGGAGAAAACCUGAGUCGCAGUAGAAAAAUUCUUCGUGCCAUGUCACGUCGGCUGGUGACAAACAAGUUGCUAUUGGGUGUCAUCAUUUUAAUGGAACUGGCCAUUCUGGGUGCUGUGAUUUACCUGAAGUUCUUCCGAAAAUGAGAAAACUUUGCUAUAAGUUGUGGAUCCGGGGCAAACUCAGACUCUGGAUAUCUGUCUCCACUGACUAUCCAAUAGCAUAUCAAUAACACUGUCCUGCUGUUUUCAGUCAGCAGUUUCUCUGAGGGCAAUGAAGGAUGAACCUUUACUGAAAGGGGAUUUUGUCCAUCAGCAGGUGAAGAUCAUUUAACCUGAAUGGCAAUUUGCGAGCCUGUUAAUGGACCAACCCUACAGAAGCUCUUAGAACUAAGAUUUGCACUGUCACUUAAUCCCAGUGAUGUCCUGCAGGAUGAUGAUCUGGACUUGUCUGCUGGCUGUUACAGAUCCCACGGAUGAUUCUCUGUAAAAUCUUGGCUGAGUCAAAACUACUUACCCCCCACAUGUCUCUCUGAUGGCAGUACUUGGGAAAUGUGACUGAUACUGGCAGCAGUUCUCGAAAAUUCUCAGAUCAGGUUACAAAACUGCUCAAAUUCAACUGCUGAUGUGUGAAUGUCUUUUACAAUAUGAUGAAAUGGCACCUGUUGAAACCAACAGUGUUGACAUGCCCAGUAUUUACGUGGUUGUGUAAAAAAUGGGACUAAAUCAGAUGUGUGAAUAAAAAAUGGAUGCAACAUCUUAAUACAGAUGCAAUGUUCUUAACAGUUAAUGUAAAACUACUGUACAAUACAAAAUCACUGUUAGAAAUAGGUAUCAUGGUUUCUUAUUUGGUGUUCUUCAUUAAAGUUAAUCUUUAACCUCAGUUUGCAUUGUAUCUGAUAUUUUCAAGGAAGGAAGCCAAACGGUUUAAACAGAAACAUCCUCUGUGGAAACACCAGACCAGGUUAAUGGAGGGUAAACGGCACCUGUUACUAUGGAAUUCAUUCUCAAAUAAUUGGCCACAUGAUUUCUGCUUUGGAGUUAGGGAAACGGUACACCUGCCACACAGUUUUUUUUUCUGUUACAUCAUGCCUACCUGGUGUGCUGUGGAGUAUGUGAACAGGUUUGUUGACCUGCUUGUGUCUGUCUGAGUUAGAUUAGGAGCAUUGGCAAAGGAAAUAUCUUUUAAACCCUUUUACUACCACAGGGGUCAAGGCCACCAGUGACCCCUUUUCCAUAAAAAGCAGGACUGUAUAAAAUGUGAAUCAAAACAGAAUGCAGUGAUUCUGAAUCAUUUGGUUUCCAUAUUUAGUUGAAAAUAUUACAAAGACAACAUAAAAUAUUACAACUGAGAAUUGUAUUGUUUAACUUGAGCCUUGUUGACAGGUUUGGAUUGCAGCCAGGCCAGUUUAACACUUUAAUGAGUCAUGUUGCUGUGCAGAGCAUGUUUUGGCAGUUUGCUGAAAAAUCCAGUUUUCAUGUUCCUGAGCUAUUUUUUAAGCACUAAAGGACGUUUCUAGACAUGUUGCCCCUCCUCAAACUUUUUUGAGACAAGUUGCAGGCAUGAAGUUUAAAAUGAGUGUAGAAUUUAAAAACAAACACACACA